UCAAAGCCUUGAACUCAAGCGUUCACGCAUGCGUCGUUAGUACUAUGCACGGGGUUUCCUGCUGCUGCCACGGGCUGCUGCUUAACCAUGUGCUAAACUUUGGUCACACUAGCUUCAAGAUAGCUCCUACAUCGUGGAAGGUUAGAAUGCAGUGUAAAGUUUGCAAAUUUCAACACCAGAGUCUGAAGGUCCUCCUGAAGCACUACCGAUUGCAUCAUCAUCAAGGCCGACCCUUUCAACUGCCGUGCUUGUAUACAGAUUGCAGCUGUACAUUUAAAAGAAAAGGUCAUGCGGCUCCGUGUGAUAUUGGCCCCUGAUAACAUCAGGAAAUUGGACAUCUUGGAAAUUCUCACUUCAGAAGAACAGUUAAAAAAAAUACUUAAAGAAAAGCUGGAUAUCAAAAAUGAUUUUCUUGUUCAGUUUGAAGAUCCCGAAUUUGGGAAUGAACCUUGCAAUUUAACUUCAAUAACUGAACUUCCAAGUGACAAAGUGGUGUUGCACAUAAUUCAGAAGUCGGCUGAUUCAGAUGUGUCGUCAUUGGACACAGCAAGUGUAUCAUCAGAGAGCUCAUGCCUAAGUUCCCCAGCCAUGGCAAACAAACAGCGUGAAAGUUUACAGUGGCCAUCUGUAUUUGUGAUUCCACAGUUUUCAUAUGAUGUGGAACUACGCCUUGAAAAGGCAAACAAAGACUUCACAGAUAAUGGAAAACUACUACUAAUGAUUCCUAGGGACAUGAAGAUUGACAUCCUGGAUGAAUUAGCUCAGGCAAUAUUCACAUUCAAGGCCUAUCCAACGGCAGAGGAGCUUGAGGAUGUUGCUAUUGCGCUUGUCAAGAAGCACCCAUGUCUCAGGGAUCCAGGACCAGGAAAAGGCCAUCGUAGCUGGAUAAUGAGUCUAAGAUACAAGAUGGGGAACUAUCGCCAAAAACUCAGUUCAGCUGGAUGUUCCGAAGUGCUUGUGAAUCGAAAAAGACAAAAUAAUACUGAUUGUAGACGUAUAAAGAAAGCAAAAAGAUGUGAGGUAAAUUUUUUACCAGACAAUCCAAGUGGGCAUUCAGAUACUUCUCUGGAAAAUGAAAAAGAUGCCCUCAAGGAAGAAAUGAAGAAAAAAAACAAAAAAAUGGACCUCAUUCAGAUGAAGAUGGAGCUAACAUUUUCUUUGAGAAGAAAAGAGAUAGUCAUGGAGCAACCUCUCGUAGCUGACAUCCUUCUACAGUGGCCGGCUUUGUUUUUGCCUGAGCAGAUCAGUGCAGAGUUUUUCAGGAUCACUCAAACAAAUCUGAUGAGCAGAUUUUUUACUGCAUUGGAUGAAUAUGCUCCAAAAAUGAUUAAGCUGUACAGAGCACGUGCUGGGGCAUGUGGAGCAGCUAUGAAGAAACUAUUAGAAGAAGUUGAUGAUCAACUCACUGGAGUGCUCGCCUUCAGGAAAGCUGCAGCCCUUCGAGGUUUGCCCUUGAUCAUGAAAGAAGAACCUGGGCACUUCCUGAAGACAUGUCUGGAUACAGAGCCAGAAGAGAACUGCGUAACAGGAAUGAGGAUGGGCAUCCUUACGGUUGUUGAAGAUGAUGCUGCCACUAUUCUGCCAAAUACGAGGGGCCAUGCUAUUGUUCUUGAAGAACAGAUAGUGGUUGACGACGUAAGUGACCUGCCAACAGCUUUUGCGCUUUUAUUUGGUCUUAUUUAUAACCUGAACAUGGACUAUCCCAACCAACUUAAGUACACAUUUGAAGCAUUGCAGAAAGUGUUUAUGUGCCUGGACACUGACUGUUCAGCCAGAGUUCAGUCAUUCAAAAACAAAAUCUUGAAGUAUUAGGAAAAGUGCAUAUGACAGGUUUUGAUGGUUCUCUCAUUUCUGUUUAAUUUGGUCAGUUAAUAACAUUUGUGAAUAUAAAUUGUACUAGUAUAUAAAUCAAGAAGAAAUUUGCAAAGAAAAGUUGAAAAAAUAUGUCGAACAUUGCAGGAUGUGUAGACUUCUAAAGUUCCACACAGAUGACAUUGCACUAGGGAGAAUUCAAAACUUGUGUGCAAUUUAUGCAUUUUUCUGACACUUUUAACAUUAUUUCAGCAAAAUAAAGAGCUUAUUAUAGUUUUACUUUUCCAAUUUUGUACAUUAGAGGAGUUUUGGCCUGGUAUACAUCAUGGUACUUUAGUUAUGUAAUUCCCUAGUGUGAUGUCACGAUUUCCACCCAGGAAGUGAAAUCUGAAACUUCAAAAAAUGGCCAAACUUGGGGAAAAAUGUAAAAAAAAAAAUUUUUUUUUUAGAAAAAUCUUAAAUAUAAUCACUAUACUUUAGUGAAAUAAGUGCUACAACCUGUCAGGCUCUUUAAGUUUUUCAGUGGUACUCAUUUUGGAAAAAGAUGGAUCGGUGCAUCUGUAGUUACACGUUCAUUUUGAGUGCUUACCGAUAAAGAUACAUUAUUUUUACAGAGUUCUAUUACAGAGGUAAAUCCAAUUCAUUAUUUAGCCUGUUAUCCAAAUUAGUAUUCAGCUCAUCAGCCCCAUUUCAUUAUAUAGGCUAAGUUAUAAUUCCUUUAUAGUAUAGCCUUUUACUUAUUUGAAGGGUUGUUUUUAAGGUGUUACUAUGAUAGUUAGCUUUGUUGUUAAUUUUAAGAUACAUUCACCUUUUCGGAUAAAUUAAACCCUUGUGCCUUGUUGAAAAAAUGCAUACAAUGUGGGAGUGUUUCAUACAAAUUGUAUAUUUUGGUUUAUAAACGGGUAUAAAAUAUAUUUUUUUAAAUAGGGAAGGGGUUCUCUUUAAAAUUACAUGUUGGGAUUAAAAAUUACCAUAAUUUGCCAGUUUUUGCCCCUUUCCACCUUCUGCCAAUUAAUAAAAAAGUGAUAUAAUGGAAUUAUAAUUAAAUGUAUUUCACUCUUAUCAGUGUGAUGGGGAAUAUGGACUUUGGGCCAUUUAUGUAAAAUCAACUUGAAAGGAAACAAAAAUUGCAUUAAGAAUGUUUUGUACAAAUUGUGCAUUCCGAUUUCUGAACUGCCUUAAAAUCGUCACAUGUUAAUAUUCUUAAAUUUUUAGAUGGAGAAAUACAGAUGUAUAGAUGGAUAUGGAGAUGGAUGUAUAGCAAUUGCACCAAAAACUAUUUUCAGAGUUAUCACAAUAAAUGCACCUUUAGAUACACAAAUUUGCCUUAACAAGGCACAAGGGUUAAAUGAGAAUUUAGCUAAACUGUUAAAUACAAUUUUAACAGCCAACAUCUGUUAAGUUUAUCCUUAAGGUAGCUAACAAACUUUUAAUGGAUGUGAAAUGUUAAGUUUAUAUGCAUACUUGAAUAUACUAAAGAAAAUUUAUAUUUUGUAUGUAAUUUUAUUGAAGUUUUAACCACAUAAAGGUUUUAAAAUGUUACUUGUUAAUUGUGAAGUACAAGUAUAUGUCUGCACUUUAAAAAUGUUUGUUGCAACUGCACUUAUAUUAAAGAGGGGGUAUUAUGCCAAAUAGUUCUCUUCAGGGCCUUAUUUGACCCUUCCUUAUAAAACAUGUUAAUGCGUUGUUUUUGGCAACUAUAGCAUUUUCAAAACAAUAAAAUAACAUGGUGAUCUAAAUGUUACCUUGUAGAAGUAAAAUACACCCUCUUUAAGAAUGGUUGUCAGAGUAGCAGUUUGAUUUUAGAAAAAAGAGCUCCUGUUGGAAGGACUGACUGUUUUGGAAUUUGUUUCAAUAAAUGACACUUUAAAGUUAAAUUUAUUUUGUACUUGCAGGUUUUUAGAUCAUUUGGUGUGUGUUAAUUGUAUGUACUUGACUUUCUUAGCUUGGGCUUGAAGACUUAAAUUUAACAAUUCACUCUUAAAACUUUAAAUAGUGUGUGCAGUUGCUGCAAAGCUUUUUUGAGU